CCUCGCGGCCGCAGGAGGGCCCAGCGCCGCCGCCCGCCAGCUCCCAGGGCCCGGCCCGCCCCGGCGCCCGUGCUCUCGGGGCGGACUCCCGGCCCUCCGCGCUCUCCCGCCCGGCGAUGGCCCUGCUCGGAUACUUCUUAUUCCUCUACGGCCUGAAGCAGGCGCUGGGCAGCUACCCGAUCUGGUGGUCCCUGGCCUUGGGGCCCCAGUACUCACCCCUGGGCACUCAGCCCAUCCUGUGCGCCAGCAUCCCCGGCCUGGUCCCCAAGCAGCUGCGCUUCUGCCGAAACUACGUGGAGAUCAUGCCCAGUGUGGCAGAGGGCAUCAAGAUCAGCGUCCAGGAGUGCCAGCAUCAGUUCCGCGGGCGCCGCUGGAACUGUACCACCGUGAACAACAGCCUGGCCAUCUUCGGCCCUGUGCUGGACAAAGCCACCCGGGAGUCCGCCUUUGUGCACGCCAUUGCCUCUGCCGGCGUGGCCUUCGCCGUGACACGCUCGUGUGCCGAGGGCUCCGCGGCUAUCUGUGGCUGCAGCAGCCGCCACCAGGGCUCCCCGGGCGAGGGCUGGAAGUGGGGUGGCUGCAGUGAGGACAUCGAGUUUGGCGGCAUGGUGUCUCGAGAGUUUGCAGAUGCGCGGGAGAACCGGCCAGACGCCCGCUCCGCGAUGAACCGCCACAACAAUGAGGCCGGUCGCCAGGCCAUCGCCAGCCACAUGCAUCUCAAGUGCAAGUGCCACGGGCUGUCGGGCAGCUGCGAGGUGAAGACGUGCUGGUGGUCGCAGCCCGACUUCCGCGCCAUCGGUGACUUGCUCAAGGACAAGUACGACAGCGCCUCGGAGAUGGUGGUGGAGAAGCACCGCGAGUCGCGCGGCUGGGUGGAGACCCUGCGGCCGCGCUACACCUACUUCAAGGUGCCCACGGAGCGCGACCUGGUGUACUACGAGGCCUCGCCCAAUUUCUGCGAGCCCAACGCCGAGACCGGCUCGUUCGGCACCCGCGACCGCACGUGCAACGUGAGUUCGCACGGCAUCGACGGCUGCGACCUGCUGUGCUGUGGCCGCGGCCACAACGCGCGCACCGAGCGGCGCCGCGAGAAGUGCCACUGCGUCUUCCACUGGUGCUGCUACGUGAGCUGUCAAGAGUGCGCGCGCGUCUACGACGUGCACACCUGCAAGUAG